CGGGAACGUAUUCAUUUUCAUCGCGCCUUCAGAGAGAAUUCCAAGAAGGUGGUGACUGAGGCCCAUUUCCACCAUGCUGGAAUGGGCCUUUUGCGUGUUGUGACAACGCAUCUACCCGGUGCUCCUUUUGGGCGCGCUCGCAAAGAAUUUGCCGAUUGCAUAGCUGGGAUUGUCAAGGGCGAGAAGCUGCCAACGGUACUGCUGGCAGAUCUGAACUUUCCCGAAAAGGCCAUACAACCUCUUUUGCUUGAUCAUGACCUUGACGUAUCCUUCGUCCCGACACCUUACCCAACGAACAUUUGCCAGGGGUCCUUGCUGCCGAAGAGGAUUGAUAGCAUUGCAGUCAUCAACCACGAGGUCAAAGGCGCAAAGCUCCAAGCCACAGCUCUGAAAGCUGAAGACGUCCUCGAUGGUCUCAGAGAAGUUGUGGACCUCUUGAAAUCCAGGUCAGCAGAGCCAUGGACGCCAACGCGAUACCAAUCAGAUAAGGCAUCAGCUGCCUCGACUGACAUGCGAUCGGCGGCGGCACAGCAAGGACACUUGUUGUUGAGCGCACGCUUCAACAAUGAUGAGGUUAUUGCGUAUAUGAGGGCAGUGAAGAAGCAGCUGGAAGCUCGAAACAUACCGGUUUUCGUGGUUGAAGCAACCGUCGGCCAAAGUUUUGCUGACCUGACACGGAUAGGAUUGGCCCGUGCCAAAGGCAUGGUAACAUUUUGCACCUCAGAAUAUGGUGCAUACACUGGUGUAAGAUAUGAAACUUUCCAUGAGCUUGAAUUUGCUCGUGGCCACAAGUUGCCCUUGUUUCCGAUUAGGCUCUGUGAUGAGUGGCCACCAGCGCCGCAGAACAACGAACGAGGCAUUUUUCAGAAUCAAUUGGUGUUCAAAAAGGGCCUGGUGUACAUAGAUGAUCGGCAGAUGACUCGGGCCCAAUGGGUUGCUGAUCAGAUUGCUGAAUCAGUGGCGCGCAUUGGAAUCUUCUCCAGCUAAACUUUCUUCAAAUAGAUUGCUACAGAAUUAUGCUUGAAAAAUCAGAGCAGAUUGUUGGAGAAUGUUCCUGGAGCCUCCUCAGCUCAUUCUUUCUCUGCCACUCAAGUCGCAAAAAGAUGCGCAGAGCAUCCGAUACAGACGCUGUCACAAGGAUUUAUAUUAAACAUAGUUGAAACGGAUAGGUUUCCAGUUUUGACUGGACUUUUGCCCAUCUUAGGGAGCCCAUGAUGUCAAAGGCCUAAAAGACUACCGGUAUGCCAAUUGGCGAUCCCACCUCGUGUCACAUUUGUUCGCUCCGAAGUCAACGUUGUACUUGGCCAAGCUCACAGCUUGUCAAUGAGGGUUCGACAUUGAUAGGGAGUAGGGACUCAACCUUUGCAGCUCAUUUGGGACCUGUACAGACAUUUGUCAAAUCUCCUUUGCUCAUUCCCUUCCUUGCAUAGCGCACUCUGCAGCUCCACAGUGGAACAAGGCUUGAUGAUGUGGACUGUGGAACCUGUGUGGCUAAACGCAGGCUGACAUAACAGCGAUGCCAUUCUGGACUUGAUCAAGUUUA